AUGGCAGAUAACCCCAGCGAGACAGAGACCUCAGGCGAGCCUCAAGACCCAUAUAAGCAGCCGACUACUGAGACAACUCACACGUCCAUGGGCAUGGACAGCAUUCAGAACGAACCACAAGGCUUUCGAAUCGAUGCCCGCCACUCGAAGCCCCAAAUCGUGCCUCUGACUACCAUUAAAAAUCUUGCCCAUUCUUCUGACAUCGUUCUAAUUGGCAACGACUGCCGCCUCUGCCGCCGCCGACGUGCCAUUGUGAUAGCUAUCCGACAAGCUGAUACCUUGCGCGAUGCUUACGUUGUCUGCGAAAACGAGCGAGUUGUGUUGCCUGUCAUGCCAAUUUUGGAAAGGCCGACGCAUGACAUUGUGUACGCCAAGUUCGGACUGAAGCCGCUUGUCGAAGAAGUUUUAAAAACUCUCUCAACGGACAAGAGACUGGUAGUGAAAGGGAAUCCUGAACUUUACAGUUACCAAUGGGACAAAGACAAGCACGCACGGUUCGUGCUGCAAGUUCUCCACUUUAGAGCUACGACAUUGAUCGAGACGCUCAUCGACAGCGGCGAUUCAGAGAGCUCGAGCUCUGCACAACGCUACACCAUAUCCCACUUGGCCCGCAAGAAGAUGAAGGAGUCAGGCCUGUGCUCGCCGAGAGACUCGGGCCGAUACCAUCCUCUGCUCCUCCAUCUGGAGUCCGGAAUACAAUGGAUAGAAGAGAAGCAAAUGGCUGUCAUAGUGCUGAUAGAGGUUGUCAAUGGCGGUUCAGCGGAGGUCGAAAUUCUGUCGCGGGACGGCGACACGCCAGAAACAGUCAGGAGCAAAAUUAUCUUGAGCAGCGGCCAUGUCGUCCUGAUUUACGGACCACACGGGUGGCGCUCAAGAGGGAAAGCAGUAUCAUUCCUGUUUCUAUAUUAUGACGUUGUAGACUGUGACGCCGGAGCUAGUUUGGGUCAUGAGGCUACCAUACGUAACUAA